AUGGCCGAUCUCGCCCAGCAGCAAGAAUUCGAGGAUUCUCAAAAUGACGAUGGGGCAUCUUCUGUUGGCGACUCUUCUGUAGACGAGUCGCUUUUGUCUUUGAGGUCCAGCAUUCUCGACUAUCGCCGAGAGAAUGGCCGCACGUAUCAUCGGAUGAGCGAUGGAAAUCUGAACCAUCACAUCUGGAUUCUCACUUGGGAAGGUGAAAUAUGUGUCAGCCCGAAGAAGCAUGGUGCCAAAAGGGUCCUAGACGUUGGAACUGGCACUGGAGUAUGGGCCAUGGACUAUGGCAACGUGCCUCCCAAUUGCAGUUUUGAGGUCGAUGACCUCGAAAAGUCAUGGACCUGGCGGGAGCCUUUCGAUUAUAUCUUCAUCAGAUCCAUGCUUUCGUGUUUCUCCAGCUGGCCGGACAUCAUUGCCAAGGCAUACGAUGCCCUUGAGCCAGGCGGCUACCUCGAGCUUCAAGACCAUAUGUGCCCACUCAUGUGUGACGAUGGCACCAUGUCUGAGGACUUCAAGCCCUUGAAAUGGGGAAAUAUGCUUAUUGAGGCUUCGAAAAAGACUGGCCGCACGAUCACUAUGGCUGCAACCUUUAAGCAGAUGUUGGAGGACGCCGGCUUCGUUGAUAUUGAAGAGAAAAAAGAAUUUUGGCCCUUCAAUCAGUGGGCUAAGGACAAGAAGUAUAGAGAUCUGGGUUAUUGGAUGCAAGAAUCUGCGUUGAAGGGGAUCGAAGCGGUCUCCCUGGCUACGUUCACUCGUUUCCUUGAUUGGAGCCCAGAAGAGACGAGGGUGUUCUGUGCCGAGGUCAGGAACGAGCACAAGAAGAUUGGAGUUCAUGCGUAUUACGAUGUCUACGGAGUCUGGGGCCGCAAGCCUGAGAAGACGAACGAGGAUGAGACGGCUGCUCCCGCUCCUGCUUCUGUUGCUACUCCCGCUUCUGCCUCUGCUUCUGCCUCUGCUUCUGUCCCUGUCCCUGUCACAGCCGGGAAUGAGUCUUAGAACACUGCAGGGUGUGUUGUAUUGUGUACACAGCCCGCCAAGCUUGUUGAAUAUUUCUUCUUCUUUGCAGAAACAGAAGUACAUGCCGAGACUCAUUGUCUCUGAGGCGAUCGGAUUGCCGGAUUUCGACUCAUUUGAGACAUGGAUGAUUUUCAUACAGAGAUAGCAAAUGUUAUGAGCCGUUUAGCAGAAAUCAUUAUUCGAUCAAUAGUUUUAUGCAAGGUGUCGUUUGAAUUUGUCCAAAUUCCGCCUCCAUCAUUUGCAUCACAUGCCUCAAAUU